AUGAUGGGGGCACUCUGAGUACCCCAGUGAACUGCGGUUCAGUAGACCUUCUCCACCCCCCACAUACUGGGGAGGGGCUGGGACCAAACCCCCUUGCCUGAGGCGGUUGACAAGAUGAAAGAAACUCCUGGUGGCCCGUGUGUCAGACGGGCUUUAUGGUUCUGCCACCUAUGAGUAUGAAAGUAUCUUUCAAAAGGAAGUAUUGGGUAGGGAAACAGCAAACAUUGACGGGGCGGGGGGUGGAUCUAAGGAAAAGAAACCCAUCCCUCCCGCUCCCAAAAGGCAUUGCCCACAAGCUCUGUGGGUGGAGUGUGUUUCCAGCCCUCUCUCUCCUAUGGGAGCUUUGCAGAAUUGGGCAUAAGUCCACUUCCGGCUUCCUCACCCACCUGGACCUGUGCACAGUGGAGAGGGAAAACGUGCAGAAGAGGACUUUCACACGAUGGAUAAACCUACACCUCGAAAAGUGCGACCCACCUCUAGAAGUUACGGACCUGUUUGUUGAUAUCCAAGAUGGCAAAAUCCUAAUGGCUUUGUUAGAAGUUCUCUCUGGGCGAAAUCUGCUACAUGAAUACAAAUCCUCAUCACAUCGUAUUUUUCGGUUGAACAACAUAGCGAAAGCACUCAAGUUUCUGGAAGAUAGCAAUGUCAAGCUGGUUAGCAUCGACGCGGCAGAGAUAGCUGACGGCAACCCCUCGCUGGUUCUCGGGCUGAUAUGGAAUAUCAUCCUCUUCUUCCAGAUAAAGGAGCUCACAGGCAACCUCAGCAGGAGUUCUCCAUCUUCCAGCUUGUCACCUGGCUCCGGGGGCACCGACUCAGAUUCUUCCUACCCACCAACCCCCACCACAGAGAGGAGUGUGGCAGUGGCAGUGAAAGACCAGAGGAAGGCCAUCAAGACCCUGCUGUCAUGGGUGCAGAGGAAAACCAGGAAGUAUGGUGUGGCGGUCCAAGACUUCGCUGGCAGUUGGAGGAGUGGGCUAGCUUUCCUGGCUGUCAUCAAAGCUAUUGACCCCAGCCUCGUAGACAUGAAGCAGGCUCUGGAAGAUUCUACCCGGGAAAAUCUAGAGAAGGCAUUCCGCAUUGCACAUGAUUCCCUGCAUAUCCCCAGGCUCCUCGAGCCGGAAGACAUCAUGGUUGACAUGCCGGAUGAGCAGUCCAUUGUGACUUAUGUGGCCCAGUUUCUAGAGCGCUUUCCGGAGUUGGAUCCCGAGGAUUUUGUGAAUCCAGACAAAGAAGCCCCUAUCGAGUCCACCUUUGUCCGAAUCAAAGAAAGCCCCUCUGAGCAAGAGAGCCGAGUCCUCCUCCUUAGCCAGAAUGGAGAGCAGCCCUACACUGUCAGCCAUGAGACCAGCCACCCACCGCCUGACAAGGUCUUCGUCUGUGACCAGCUUGAGAGCCCCACGGGCUUUAGUCUGGGUAGUGCUCCCAGCCACAAACUGCCAGACAGCCCCACAGACUUUAUGCACCAGAUUAUUGACCAAGUCUUCCAGGCGAGCAUGGGGAACACUGAAUCCACCACAGAGCCAACUCCAGAGUCAUCCAUCUUGUCAACCAGAAAGGAUGGGAGGAGGUCCAACUCUUUGCCUGUCAAGAAAAGCGUCCACUUCGAGACUGACUUGCACAAGGAUGCCUCGUGCAGCAAGGACCCUUUCUACAGCUCCGAGUUCCGCUUUGAGGGGAGCCCCAAGGCAACCAAGGAGCUGUCAAAGCAGGAUGGCCAUGCCUCAUUGGCUGAGGUUUCCAAGGAAAAGAAACCAGAACAGGAAGCCAGGCUAGUGCUGGAAGCUGCCUCAGACAAGGCCCCUGAAGAUACUAUUGUUGACACAGAUGCUAUGUCCCAAGAUGCUCAGCUUCCCCAGGACUCCUCAUUCUGUAAUGGCAAUGUAGAGAAUCCAGCCAGUCUAGGUGAGAAAGGCCCUUCGCCACCAUCCCCUAGAGAUAAUACUAUCCUGGCCAACUCCGUGGAGCUCAAGGUUCCGCUGCUGACCGUUGAGCCUAUGGACAAAGACGACUACUUUGAAUGUAUCCCGCUAAAAGCUUCCAAGUUUAACAGGGACCUAGUAGAUUUCGCCUCCACCAGCCAGGCUUUUGUUGAGGAUCCUUCGUCCCACAAGAAGACACCUGGGGAGGAAGAGGGUUCUGAAAAUUACACCGAGAAACCAGGAAAAAGGAAAUCAAAGUCUCCCCAUGCAGAAACAGAGUCCACCGAGUCCAGAUUGGAGCCCAUCAAGCUCGAGACUCCUCCUAAGGAUCCUGAGCAAGAAGACCAAGGCCACACUUUGCCCCCAGAAACAGCCGCAGACAAAAAGCCCGAAGUGUAUGAAAAGGCCAAGAGGAAAUCCACUCGUCAUCACAGCGAGGAAGAAGGAGAAGCAGAAGGCGGGCUCUCUGCAGUCGGCGGAGAAAUGCCAUCCAAUCCUCCAAGUACCAGCGUCAGCCUGGAAACCCUCAGAAGCCACAGCGAAGAAGGUUUGGAUUUCAAACCUUCGCCACCCCUCUCAAAGAUCUCCGUCAUCCCCCAUGACCUGUUCUACUACCCACAUUACGAGGUGCCCCUGGCCGCAGUGCUAGAGGCCUAUGCGGAAGGGGGCGAGGAUUUGAAAAGUGAAGAUGCAGACCUAGAACAUCCAGAUGGGAGCUAUCUGCAGGACUCCAGGGAGGAGGAGGAGGAGGAGGACGAGGAGGAGGAGGAGGCCCACAGCUCCCACAGCAGCUGCAAUUUCUCCUUGCCUGUUGACAACAGCUACCCCAGGGUCAAUGACCAUGUGUCCCAUGUUGACGGGAGUUCUGAGGGACCCACAUCAGCCUCGGAACCUGGUUCUCCGCCCUCCCAUGAGGACCACCAGCCAAUGGAAACCAAAGAGAAUGGCCCUGUGGAAAGCCAGCAGUCCCAAGAACCCCCAACCCCAGAACUGUCCACAAAGCCAUUAGAAGAAAAGUUAACGGAAGUCCCAACUAGCAGUAAAAAGAAGGAAAAAAGGAAACACAUGGACCACGUAGAAAGUUCAUUAUUUAUAGCUCCUGGGACGGUCCGCUCCUCAGAUGACCUUGAAGAAAACCCCUGCGAACACAAGGUCCCUUCCAGGAAUAGUCACAGUGACUCCAGCAUUUACAUUCGGCGACACACUAAUAGGUCUUUGGAAUUGGACCAUUUUAGCUAUGUUCAAUUGAGGAACGCAGCCGAUGUGGAUGACAGGAGAAACAGACUGUUAAACAGGUACAAUUCUCAGAAGCUCACUGAGCUGAUUUUACAGUUUUACGGCAUCAGAGCAGACAUGAAGCGAGAGUACAAACACACCAGGCUGUCUAUGACUGGCACCAACUCCUCUGGAGAAGCCGUGCCCCUGGGGAGCCAGAGCCCGCCCAACGACUCUCUGACGCAGUUUGUACAGCAGCCCGACGUGAUAUAUUUCAUUCUCUUCCUCUGGCUCCUGGUUUACUGCUUACUACUCUUCCCCCAGCUCGAUGUCAGCCGGCUCUGAAACACUCGUCUGGAGAAUAAAAAGACAGGACCCUGGCCAGGGCGGAGUCUUUCUACCGCAUCUUACUGUCUGUUCAGGGUUGAGCCUCCUGUGCAGAGACGGGAGCCCUCAGAAGGAGCGCAGGCCCCACCCCCUGUUGCUGUCUGGUUCAGUCUUUGCUCACAUUUCCUCUGAUUCUCUCAGACCCGAGAGUGUGCUUUCUUCCCAGACUGUGUGCUCCCAGCUCAGGUUUGAGGCUGGAUCUGUGGACGGGAUUCCUCCUUAUGUGCCUUGUUUGGUCAGAUGCGAGUCCUUAUUAAUGUGCACCCUGAAGCUGGGUCUUAGCAUGUCCACAUGCAAGUUCCUAAGGUCCUGGAGGAGCUUGAGUUAUUUACUUUUAUCUCAGGGGAGGGUCUGCCUGACUCCGAGAAAGGACGGAGUCCACGGUAGGAAGAAAGGUAGCCUGUUUGCCUCCAAGUGUGAGUGUUCGAGUGAAGAACCUACUCCCCAUAUCUGCCCGGGCCUGAUCAUCUGUCGCUGGGGUAGUUAAACAGCACAUUCUGCCUGUUCACCAGAAAGGACACCUGGGCAUUGGCAGACUCCGAAGAGGGUGCUCUGCCAGGUUCCUUGUGAGCUACAGCCCGUUAUGUCUUUCACCUUGGUGUUCUUGGAGGGUUGGGUUUUUAAUUCACUUUUUUAUUGAUUGAAUUGAAAUACAGCUGUAGUUUCAACCCUUCCCAUCAGUAGGGUCUUCUAUCAGAUGAAAGCCAGAGGGGGGCCAGUCUAGAUUUGCAUGAAAAACUAGGCCCUGGCUGACUGGCCUAGCCCGGGCUCUCCCUUCCUCUGCUGAGUUUUCUGUAGGGAACCUGAACUCCCUACAGGGCCGCAUGGGGUAACCCAGGGGCCUGGAAGUGGCCAGGUCAGAAUAAGCUCCCACAAAUGGUGCAGCUGGGAGGGUUUCUGCAGGUUUCUGGGCUCAAAAUGCAUGCAUACCUUGGCACCAGCAUCCUUUGCGCUCAGCCAUGACAGAUCUUGAAAAGGCUUUCUGGAAAGGGCCAGGGUGUAGGUUGGGGCAGGCAGCUUGCAGAAAGGAGAAAGGUUUCUUUCCUCACCCUCCUGUCUUCCCCCUCUCUGAAAAAGUCUUAACUCUAGGAAAGCUCUGGGUUCUCCUUCCCCUUGUUAUCCCUCUCAAAAAGCACACACUAGGUGGCCCUUAUAAAACCACAGAGUCCAGAGUAGGCCUCAGGGAGCAUCUCGUUCAGCUGAACUGAGAGGCAGAACAGGCUGGCCAAGGUCACACAGCCCACCAGCAACAGAUUGGCCACAAGCCCCGAGGCCACUUGCCCCCUUCCCAUCUCCCCCAGCCUGGAACGAUUGAUUUUUUCUUUCUAGAAAACUUACAGCCAGGUACAUAAAUGGCCUCACUCAAACAAAGCCAUCCUUUUUAGACCUAUAUUAACCUCUAAGCUUAGCCUGGGCUCCUUCUGGAAUGUUCUUGAUGGUGGCUGUGAAGGCUUAUGUGUUGGUUACCACUCUUGUUGCUGUGACAAAGUGACUGAGAAAACAACUUAAUAAAGGGAGUGGGUUCGGGGGCUCACAGCUCCUAGAUAUGAUCCAUCAUAAAGGGGGGGGGGGUCAUGGCAGCAGGAACGUGAGGCGGUUAGUCAUGUUGUGUGGGGAGGUGGGGGGGGAGAGAGAGAGAGAGAGAGAGAGAGAGAGAGAGAGAGAGAGAGAGUGAGUGAGUGAGUUAGUUCAGGUUGGGACCCCCAGUCCAGGGGUUGGUGCUGCCCAUAUUCAGGGCAAGCCUUGACUCCUUCUGGAAAGACUCUCAGAGUCACUCCCAGAGGCGUUUCUAUGGAUACCAAAUGUAGUCAAAUUGACCAUGGAGAGGAGCAUCACAUCCUGUGUUUGACAAUGGGCACUGUUUCUUAGUCCAGGAGUCAUUCUCCUUAAUCGAGCCAAGGACUCACUAGUUUUCAAACACAACUCAGACAAUUUACAUAGCACACUGAGUCGUGACAGUCAAAAUCCUGGCUUCUCAACCAUUUUGAUUGGUGUCUGACUCCCCCUCCCCAAAAAGAAUCGAGGCUUUCUAAAGAGAGAGCGGUUGGAAGCUUGGAACAGUUCCAGGUUGAAGGCCCGAAGCUCCAAAGUGAACGAACGACUUAAUGGGCUCCCUGGUCUCAUUGGAAGUUCAAAAGUACAGAUGAUAAAGGUUUUAUGUGUGAUGUUUUAUGACCUUGCACUCGGCACAGUCCUUGCCCAGAUGAGGUACCAAAGAGGAGGUGACCCAGAUGUGAAUCGUUUAUUUUAUGGGUCUAGACCCUGGUCCGAAGUCUGCGUAUGCUGCUUCUCUCACCUCCUACAGCUUAGAACAGCCUUUAAAACUAAUGUAGGCAAGAUGCCCAAGAACCAUUCAGUUCAAGCUGGCAGGAAGUUAGCUAGUUUAAAGGGAAAAAUAAUCUCACUUGAGUGUAAGGAUACAUAGGAGAGACCCGUAUGAAAGCCGCUAGGCAAGCUGUCGGUCACUUGACAUCUUUAAAAAAUUAAUUUUUAAAGUGUGUGUGUGUGCUCAUGUGCAUGCAUGUGUGUGUGCUGUAUGUGUAUGUGUGUAUGUGUGUGUGCUGUAUGUGAAUGUGUGUAUGUGUGUGUGCCUGUGUGCGCGCAUGUGUGCAUGUGUGAAUGUGUGUGUGUGUGUUUUAUUUUUUAUUUUUUGCUAAUACCUCAGAUGGGAGUUCCUCUUCCACAAGUACCAUACAGGGUUUGUACUUAGAUCACGUGACCAAUGCAUCGCUCCUUAGCAUGUGGAGACCGUACUUCUGAGCUAAGAAGCAGCUGUGGUCAGGCAUUUCUGCCUGUCAGUAUCUCCUCCCCUCCUUUCUUCCUCUUCCUUCUGUGUCCCCUCCGUUCCCCUUCUGUCCAUGCUUCACUAACUUCUCGAGAAAUGGAACCUGAGGAAUAGAUGCAAAUACCUUAGUUUUUUUUUUCUCCUGACUUAAAACGUCUGUCUCCUGUCCUUCCUCUGUGGCGGGUCCUAGAGCUACCAGUGGAAAUGGGGUUCUUGCUGCUGCUUUCCAAUGACACACUUAAGAUACUGAUGCCAUUCCUGCCCCCAAGCCUUCAUGCGAGACAAGGACUCUCCCCAUCCCUGGUGACAUCCCCACUCUCCUCUCUUUGGCUGAGGGUGUUCUGUCCUUGCUGUGGCAUCUGUGCUGAGUCCUCACAGGAAAUUCCUUAAAUUCUCUUGCAAUUUCUUUCUCUUUCUGAGCCCCUGGCUGCCCCAGUGUGGGGCCUCCCUGACUUAGUCUUCUAAUAUUUUUGUCUCUUAAACCCCUCACCUCUGUCUUUAUCUGCUUCCGAGGGGAUUUAUCCCAUCUUCUCUUUCCAACAUGAACACUUUAUCUUUAGCUUCUAAAGCUUCCUCCCUGUUCUCUGAGUUUCGUUGUGUAGCCUCCUGCCCUUGCUUCAGGAGUCUUCUUUGUGUCUGAUGCAGGUGUUGGGGGGUGAGGGGCGUCGUCUGCCCCCAGAGGUGCCUUUGGGUCCUCUAGGUUCCCUUUUCUCGGUUGGGCUGGGUGUCCGUCUCUCACAUUGUGCAUAGAUACCUGCAUCUACUCAUGUUUCAGAGUGAUGCACCCAGAAACCGGCAGGAUGUUCUGACAACCAUCUGGUAAGGUUCUGUCCAGUGUCGCCCAGCGGGCUGGCUUAGCUCUGAGAGACUGCCAUGUCAGUAGUAAAAUGUUUCUUCUGGGAUUUACUCCAUUUCCUUACAGAGCUUCCCGCCACUCCUCUGCCUGGAAAAGAGGGACACACAGGGCUGCUGUUAGCCCAUGCAGUAGACUUGUGCAGUACCAGUAAUGGUACCCGCUCUGAGCAGAAGCCACCGCACCAUCCAUAUUGGGUUUAGUUGGUGAAGGACAGCUGUUUUCUCUCUCUCUCUCUGAGCAGACACAGUCCACAGAUAAGACAGAGCUUGGGUUUUAACCCCAUGUGCUCCCUUGGCUAGGCGCCUUAGCGUCGAGCACAAGCCAUAGGAUGGGACCCAGUACUGUUUUCUAGCCUUAAAGCUGGCAGUCUCGGGAAUCACCGUGUAACCACCUGAAGCUGCUCCUGCCUUGCUUGGUCUUCUGUCUCCGGACUGCUAGUUCUCUAUGAAUAGGAGGCAAGACAGUCAUUCUGGCUGCAUGGGAGGGCAGGAGACCCAGGAAUCAGCCCUGUAUCUCACCUUACAGUCACCAUCCCAACCCACAAGCUCUUCUUGGGUGCCAAAGUGGGAGGCUCCUCAGUGCUGCCCUCUGCAGGCACAUGGUGGGAGGACCCUUCCCCGCUUCUUUCUCAGUGGCAUCCUUCGGUUUUGAACGGGUGGUGCCCGUGACCUUUGGCCUAUCUUUUCCUAACUUUGGAACUUUCUCUUCCUUUGCACUUCUUCUGACAGGCGAAAUGACUAAGCACAGAUGUUCUGUUCCCCAUCUUUUGUUUGGCUCCGUUGAUUUUCAGUUUUGUUUUUUUGUGUCCAGGCUGGCCUCGAACUCUUGAUCCUCCUUCCCCAUUCUCCCAAGUGCUAGGUUACAGGCAUGCACCGCCAUGCUCUGCUCCUGUGUGCCAUCUUGAUCCGUAAAUGCCUUUGGGUUCUUUGGUUGGUGGGUUAGGUGGCUUGUUACCCUGCUAACCUCAUGCGAACUUGUCUUGAGGGAAUCCGCUGGAGCACAAGGAUGCUGCGUUUUGCAAGUCAUGCCUCAGGGCAUUCCACUUUCUCCUUCCUUUAAAGUUUUGCCAGCUGCUCCCAUGGAACACUUGGAGCUCCAAAAUCCUCCCAAGAUGCAGUCUCUGUGGUCACAUGGUUUCAGCCAUCAUGCCGUACUGUCCACCCCAGCUGAGACUCUCAUGUAAGGAACAGCUCGUCCACACUAGCACUUGCCAGACAGCAGAUAAGGUUCUCUAUCAGUCGAUGUCUGGAGUUUGGGCAGAAUUUCCCCCUAAAGGCUUUUGACUUUCCCUAGCUGUUGAUGACAGCCCCUAGGGCUACUGGUAAGGUGUAACUUUGGAGGAGAAAGGCGCUCCAACACACUCUCAGAAUCCAGACCAUGUUUUUCCACUGCUGGGCGCAGCCCAGAUCCAGGAGAACUCGCCUGCACUGUAAGCACUGAGAAGGCAAGAAUCCUCUAAGUCACAGUCUGUCUGUUGGCACUGGGGGCCAUGUGGAGGUCCAGCACCGUCUUUAGAAAGAUGAAAGUGUGGAGGAGCGAGUGAGUCUUCAGCUGCAGUGCCAGUCCAGGCAAUUCAGGGAGUAUGAAACUCCAGCCACCCUCAGUCAGGCCUCUGAACACCACUGGAGCACAUUUCCCCAGGAGUCAGCCGGUGAGUGGGAGGGAUCCCUGGAAGAACGUAAUGAACCUGGCUUCCAUGGUGAGAACUGUUGCCUUCUGUGGAUGUCAUUGGCUUGCUGGUGUCAACCCCUUUCAGUGAGUUCAUCUUUUUUCUCAGACUCCAGAGGGCUAAGAGUCGUCUGAGGCCGAGCCUCCCUCUCCGUCUUCUUGCAUAGAGACACUGCCCCUGGGGAUCGCCACUGGCUUUCCUGUCUAGACUCACAGUGAAACAGAUGCAGCAUCCAGGGUCUGCAGCUCAGAAGCAGCCAAGUCUUCUAGCCUUUCCCCACAGUGAGGCAGCUGUUCCCAUGAGCACAUCUGGGAUCUAGGUCAAGUAGCUGGAGAGUUGCUGCUGGUGUCUUUUUCUCAUUGGCUGAAAAUUGCAGGGUUUCCCCUUACCCAUUAGCCCAGAUUGAGAAGGAACAGCCAUUCCCUGACACAUUCACUCGGCCAUGGCUUCUGCCAGCUUCUCUCUAGUCCCACACUCCCAGACUUAGAGUCAGCUGCCCUGUCUUCAAUCUGGCAACUUUUACAAGAGGAAGUGUUAAGCCAUUGUCUACUUGUAAACUCACUUGGCCCUGCCAACAGUCCAGGGAAGUGUUUCCUUCAGGAAGGAUUGAAAAAACUGGACAGAAAGAUAAGGGGGGUCAUGGCCCAGAGCCAACUAACUCUGACUUUCAUGACGGGCUUUACUGCCUAGAAAGACAAGGCAAUAUGGGGAGGAGACUCCGAUUCUGGGGUACCUGUCCAUUUGGGAAGUGUGGGUGGGAUUCUCUGAGCCAGCCCUUUCUUACCCUCCUACCCUGUCCCCACCCCUCUGUCUUCCCACCAAGUUUCUAUGUGCUUUCAUCCAACCUGUGUCAUAACCGCUUAAAUCCCUCAGGAGCACAUGGAGUCCAUGGUUUAACUUGCAAAUGUAAAUGCACAACAAACAACAACAAAAUCUUAGCCUCCAGCUUGUAGCAGAAAAAUCUGUAUCCAAAAUCGAACACAUGCCCCCUUGGUAGCUUUAGUCAAUACAGGGGUCCUGUCCCCAGCUGCUCCCCCCCCCUCCACCUCCAUCAGAGAAAGAAUUCAGGCUCUCUCCUUUGAACACAAACCUAGAGAAAGCGUGGGUUUAAAAAAACACACAGGAAAAACAAGGUUUGAAAGCCAGCCACCGGUGAUGCACACCUAAAAUCCUUGCACUAAGGAGGCUGGGGCAGGAAGGUUGCCAGCCAGGAUUAAGAAGUGAAAUCCUGGGGGCUGGGGAUUUAGCUCAGUGGUAGAGCGAUUACCUAGGAAGCGCAAGGCCCUGGGUUCGGUCCCCAGCUCCAAAAAAAAAAAAGAACCAAAAAAAAAAAAAAAAAAAGAAGUGAAAUCCUGGGGUUGGGGAUUUAGCUCAGUGGUAGAGCGCUUGUCUAGCGAGCGCAAGGCCCUGGGUUUGGUCCCCAGCUCCAAAAAAAAAAGAGUGAAAUCCUAUUUCAAAACAAAACAAAAGCCAGAAACCAGAGAAAAAGAAAACAGAGAAAAAGAAAACCCACAAAAAUAAACCUUAAGAAAGGCUUUGUUUUUCAUGUGUGUGAGUACUUGGCCUGCGUGUGUAUGUAUAUUGUGUGUGUGGUGCCCUGGGAUUCUAGAAUAGGGUGUUGGAACCCCUGAGACUGGAGUUACAGGUGGUUUUGAGCCACCCUGCAGGUGCUGAGAGCCAAACCCAGGUUGUCUUCGAGAGAAGCCAGCGAAUGCUCUUAGUUACGGAGUCAUUUUCAAGCCCCGCAAAUAAACCUUCUAAAGCAUUAAGACGGGUAGAAGACCAUGAAUCCCUUGGAUGGAGUUAUAAUCAUGGGGAUCCAUUUUUUCUUUAAGUUUAAAAGUCAAGAAUUAUGCAUUAUCAUUUAAAGAGAAGGAAGGGAGGGAGGAAAGAAGGAAGGAAGGAAGGAAGGAAGGAAGGAAGGAAGGAAGGAAGGAAGGAAGGAAAAACCUCACUUGUUUCAGUGACCUCAAAAGUCAAUAGGAACUAAGACUGCAAGGCUGUGUGGGAAGGGUAGCCAUAAAAUGCCUGUGUUCUUAAGUGCCAUGUGGGGGUUGAGGUGUGUUUUAUUUAAAGGAAAUGUGGGGAGUUCCCAAGUUUAAGACAGUCUCUGACCUAGGAAUCGUACCCUGGUGCUGAGGCACCUGGAGAAUGCACUCAGCCCUCUGGCUGGAAGCUGAAGGGCCACAGACGAAAGUCCUCCAGGCUCAGCCAGGCAUCUGUCUUUUUACCUCAGUGAGUGUCUGCAUCACACAUGCACUUGUGUAAAUGAAUGGACUGCCAAAUUGCCAAACCUUUGUCUGGUUUGAUUUUGGGGAGGGGGGACUUGGGGAGAAGUUUAGUCAGCCCAGGGUAGCCUGAUUGUUACAGGGUUUGGAGUAGAACCUGGGGGCUCUACACCUGUACCCCAGACAGAUUCCCAGGUGAAGUUUUGUGGUUUUUGUUUUUUAAUUCAAGAAUUCAGCUAUAGGACUAGUUAGCCAUAGGCAAUGGCCUAUAUCUUUCCCUCCCUUCCAGACUUUUCCUCUUGCCCUUAGCAAAGAGAGCUGUAUUGAGCAUCCCUGGGGGAGGUGCAGUAGGAAGGUAGGGUCUGCAAUGAAGGGUGCACCUGCCUUCUGCCCUUGAAACUGGAUCCCAAGACCUACCUGUAUUAUUGACUUGUGCCGAUAACGUGAGCCAAAGAUAAACAGGAAAACGUUCCUCUCUCCCACGCCCUGUUGAGGCAGGUUGUUAGGCCUGGAUACAGGACGCUGUUCAGAGUACACCCCUGGAAGACUGACCGGUGUCUCAUUGUCUUUUGGCCUGGGAUAUAGUUGACAGACUUGAUGUUUUCUUAAUGGCACAGUGGGAGGACCUCGUGGCUUGUGCCUGAAAGUUGCAGAACGGUUGGAGACAAAAGCAAAAUGUUAUUUUGUGGUACAAGGCUUAUUUUGUCUAUUUAGCUGUGCAUAGUUAUAGCUUUAUAAAAAAAACAAAGGGAUCUUUGUAAAAAAAAUGUACGAAUGUGUGCUCUUAUUUAUUGAUUAUUGUAAAUGAAGAUAUAAAUGGAUAUUUGCAUAAUUUAUAUCUAUAGGAAACUCCCUGGAGCGUUUGUUACUUGACUGUUUUCUAUCAUGGAACAUUGGGCCUGGUGCUAUGAUGAAUGACCUUGUAAAAUCACGUGUAUUCUUAAGAAAAAAUUUCAAUAUAAAUUUCUUGAACUGGC